GAAGAGGAUGCGGACGACCCCAUACUGGAAGAAGAUCGUAUCGCCAUGAAAAAUCAGCUUAUAGGAGCGGUUCUUUCUAGUUCUGGUGCAAUUCAGGCACAACUCUCAGAAACUAUUGGAGUUAUCGGUCACGAGGAUUUUCCUCAGAAAUGGCCGUCCCUUUUACCAGAUCUGAUUGAACGAAUGGCUCAAAUGGGUGCCAAUCUUGCUAUGGUUCGCGGUGUUCUCUAUACUGCGCAUUCUUUAUUCAAGCGUUAUCGACACGAGUGCCGUUCCAAUGAGCUAUUUUCUGAAAUCAAAUUGGUCAUAGGCCAAUUUGGUGCUCCUCUCCUUCACUUGACUAGGGUGAGUUAA